AUUUAUUGUUGCGCGACUUGGCGCGCACGACGGGCGUGUGAUGCGCGCGUAGUUCCUCCCGAGCAUGGAGUCCGUGGUGGACUCAGCGUCGACCGCGAGCGAGGUGAGCGGCUCCUCCGGGGGCUCGCCGAGGGUGAAGGCGGCGUCGUCGCCGGCGCGAGGCAUGUCGCCGCCGCAGCUGCUGCCGCCGCGCAUGCCGCUGCCGCCGCCCGGCCUGGGCCUGCUGGGCUCGCUGCAGAUGAUGCACCACUCGCCGCUGGAGCUGAUGGCCGCGGCGCACCACCACGGCCCGCCGCGCUACGGCAGCCCGCCGCCCAUCUCCACCUCGGACCCUUCCGCCAACGAGUGCAAAUUAGUAGACUAUAGGGGACAGAAAGUCGCCGCUUUCAUAAUUCAGGGUGACACCAUGUUGUGCUUGCCGCAAGCGUUCGAGCUCUUCUUGAAACAUUUAGUGGGCGGGCUGCACACAGUGUAUACGAAGCUGAAAAGACUGGACAUAGUGCCGCUAGUGUGCAACGUGGAGCAGGUGCGGAUACUGCGCGGGCUGGGCGCCAUCCAGCCGGGCGUGAACCGCUGCAAGCUGCUGAGCUGCAAGGACUUCGACGUGCUGUACCGGGACUGCACCACGGCCAGGUGCCUGUCAAUGAAAGCGCCAGACAGCUCCAGGCCGGGCCGACCUCCGAAGCGCGCGUCGGGAGUGGGUCUCUCGCUGGCCGCCACGCAGUUCCCUGGACAUCCCUUCAAGAAGCACCGGCUGGAAAAUGGCGACUAUUCGCCGUAUGAAAAUGGACAUAUGAGCGAAAUGGCUCGCAUGGAGAAGUCUCCUCUCCUGGCCAAUGGCUACAACGCGCCUCCAACGCACCUGGGCCCCAUGGGGUUCAUGCACCAGCACGCGCUCAUGUCGCCGGGCAUGCCGCACCACGUGCCGCGCCCCGACGGCUCCAUCAUCAAGGGCCAGCCCAUGCACAACAUGGAAGCUCUAGCCAGGUACUACAAUAGAUCUGGUAUUUGGGAGAACUGUAGAGCGGCUUACGAAGACAUCGUAAAACAUCUUGAAAGAUUACGGGACGAGCGAGGCGACAUGGAGCGAGUGAUGGCGAUGGACAAGGCCCGCGAGGGGUCGCAUAAUGUGUCCAUGUUGCUGUACCUCGCAGGCUCUUCACCCGGCCACAGCCCCGUGCUCAACCUGUCCAAGUCGGGCAGCGGGGAGCGGGAGCGCGCGGAACGGGGCGAGGGGUCGGCCAGCGGGCGCAGCAGCGUGGCCUCCCGCCGCACCCCGCAGCCCCCGCGCCUGCCCUCCGCCGCCACCGCCGCCGCCUCCCCAAGGUCCCAUACUGAUGAGAGCGAUGGGGCUAUCUCUGAUCAAGAGGAUCACAAUGUUAAGGAUGAAGAUGAUGGUGGCGACCUGUCGGAGGGCGAGCGCGAGCUGGCGGCGGCGACCUCGCCAGCGCCGGUGAGCUACGCGGCGGCGACCGCGUCCCCCCCCGCGCCCCCCGGCGACCCCGCCGCCGACACCCUCGUCUCCUCCACGGAGACCCUGCUGCGCAACAUCCAGGGCCUGCUCAAGGUCGCCGCCGAUAAUGCACGCCAGCAGGAGCGCCAGAUCAGCUACGAGAAAGCUGAAUUAAAAAUGGACGUGCUGAGAGAACGAGAGGUCAAAGACAACAUGGAGAGGCAACUUGUAGACGAGCAGAAAAUGAGAGUGAUGUACCAGAAGAGGUUAAAGAAGGAGAGGAAGCAGCGGCAGCACAUCCAGGAGCAGCUGGAGAUGGAGCUGAAGAGGCGGCAGAAGAUCGAGGAGGCCCUCAAGCAGUCCGGGGCGCCGCAAGAGAUACUGCGGAUCGUCACAGUGUUCAUUGCAGAGAACCUGUCAGGGCAGCAGGAGGCGGCGCGGCCGGAGCGGGAGAGCGGGCCGGAGAGCCAGCCGCCGUCCGCGGAGCCGCCGCCCGCCUCGCCGCCGUACCAGCGCGAGCGGACCCCGGACAAGCCGCAGUGGAACUACCCGCCGCCCCCCGUCGACAUCAUGAGCGGGGGCGCCGCCUUCUGGCAGAAUUACUCAGAAUCCCUGGCCCAAGAGUUGGAGAUGGAGCGCAAGUCGCGGCAGCAGGCGCUGGACCGUGACGUCAAGAGCCCUCUGUCGGAGCGAGCGCCGUACUACAAGAACUCCGUGCUCUUCAGCUCCGCCACUUAGCUACCCGCCGCCGGGGACUUCCCCGACCAAGACAAGGAAGACAAGAAACCCAUCAUCAGCGUCAAGCCAGAGUUCAGAGUCAAGUAGUGGCAGGUAGCAAGCGACGGUUCGUUUUUAUAUAAUCGUUUUUCUUAUAACAGAUCUCGACGACGUCGUACUAAGUGUCGUUUUAUUACGCUAAUGUAAAUAUUGUUAUCGAUAGUGAAGUAGUAUUUUGUGCGCCACGGCGGGGACACUUCUUCCAUAGUGAAAAUGUAAUUAGAUAAUUAUUAUUGUAACUUGUAAAUAUUUUUCUUCGUUAGUUACGGUCUCGUCCGCGGUAGGCGUUUGUCGGACAGUUUUAAUCAUUUAUUCAUGUGAAGUACCUUUAAAUAUAAAUGCCAUAUUUAUUUCAUAAGCAAUCUUUUUCAGUUUAUCGCGUAUCUAUAAACCGAGGAUAUAAUAUCUUGGUCUUUAAAUAUAAAUAUUUUAUGUACAUACAUAUCAUAAUUUCGUGUUCAAAAAUCUAAUUGAAAACAUCAAAUUGAUUCAAAUGGUUGGAAUUGAAGAAAGACUGCUUUUGGAGUUGAUUUUCGCUGUGUGUCGUUCAGAAACAUCCCUCGUCCACUAGUCCCUUCACCGGUGUCUGUUGAAUUUAGUUCCUAAUGAUUCCUGUUUGCAGCACAAACUGUUUAUCAUCAUCAACGUCAUCAUCACUUCGAACAAACAAUCAUCAAUCAUACAUUAGUUUUACGUUCAUUAGAAUUAUGUGAUCUUCAAUAAUGAUAAUUUGUUUAUAAGACACAUGUAAUUUAUUCAACUUUAGUGCAAUGACUAGAUGUAACUAGGUGUAAUCAUUCAACAUGUAUGAUAGAUUUGUUAAAUAAGUUUGAAAAUAAAUACUUUUUAAUUUUACUGACUGAAACUUAAGAGACAGUAACAACGUACAAUAAAAUACUGUAAGUGUUAAAUGAAUACAAUUUAAAAGUAUAUUAAAAUUGUAUCUGAAACACAAAUACUAGAACCAAUAGAUGAUGGAAUAUGUACACAAUUCAAAAUAAAAAGCACCAUCUCUUGUGAAUUGAAAGAAGCAAUUUUGUAUCGUAAGAUAUUAAUGCAGAGCUAGUUUAAACUAAUAAUGAGGAUUUCAACGUAAAUUGUCUACUCGAAGUCCUGAUUGUUUAACUCUGAUCAGUCGCAAGCUACUUUCAUCUUAACAUAAGUCUAUUUGAAAUAAAAAUAGCUACAAGUUAAGUACAGGCAGCAAUGCAGAUAUCUGACCUUUUGAUUUAGCUAUUUGAAUGGCAUUUACAAAAUUUGAGCAUUUAUCAGAAACCAGUUUAGACUAUAAUUUGUCUGCUUGCAUCCUGUUAUCGGGUGGCGCUUUUAGCAAAGUAAACCGAAAUUUAAAUACUUACGUAGAAAGUUCAGAUAUUUGCGUUUCACCCUGUAUAUCAACACUUAGUUCCAUUCCCUGUUUCAUGCAAUUAGCAGUUUCAAUGUAUAUGAUUAGAGUAAUCAAUAAAUGAUAAGUGCGGUAGUAUUAACUAAACAUAAUAAGCGAUAGCGAUAUUUAUAUUGAAGCCUAGUUUACGAGAUGACUCUAUGUCAAAAUAUUUAACUGCUUGGAUAAGGUUCAAAGGAUAUCUCGGGAGUAUUGGCGCUUGGCUAUACAUAGUUCCACCGGUAUGUCGAGUCUACUGUGUAAUAAAUGAAACACAUGAUUUGUAAUACGGAUAUUAAGAGCUAUAAUUAUACUCUUUCGGGAUGAUAGUCAAGCGCCGAUCCAAAUGAUCGCUUCGUAAUAUUAAUUUCAUACAAUAUUAUCUAUUCGGUAAUAGGUAAUGUGUCGUAAAUUAUAAAAAACAUACUUAGUUGUUAUUAUAAAUGUUAGAGAGCAUGCGUGAUUGUGUAAAGAGCGUGAAUGUGGUACGGUUGUAUCGGUUUUUACUUGCGUUCUUUUCUUACAACUAGAGCAGCCCCGAAAGAAUUAUCAUUAUUUAAUUCAAUUAUUUUCUUCUCAUUUUUUUUCUGUUCAGUACUGUUUAUCUUUUAAAAUGGCAUAACUUAAGAUAGAUUCUAGGUUCAACCGGCUUACUUCAAAUUUAAUACUGUUAUUUAUUUUUGAAAUGAUUAAUAGAUAUUUGAAAUCUUAUUAGCCGGUGGAACCUUUAAAUCUUGUCAAACUUUAUUUCUACUUAUAUUUUAUGUCAAGUAUCUUCUUCCUGUAUAAGUAAUGGUAUUUUUUAGCUAUAUUUACAGUUGGUUGAGGCUUUUCAAUGUACACAGUACCUUAUUUUAUCGUAUUUAAUACUGCAAGCAUGUGUAUUAUUUAUUAUUUCUAUUUUACGAUUAAUUUACUUAAAAUUGUGUGUGUGCCUUGUAUAUCGUAGAUGAAAAUAUCAAGAUUAAAAACGUAAAAAUAUCAA